AUGGACGAGUUUCGAAUGGAAGCAUAUGAUAGCUCAUCUGUUUACAAGGAAAUAAUGAAGGCCUAUCACGAUAGAAUAAUUAUCCCACGAGAGCUCACCUUGGGGGAUGUAGUGUUGUUGCACAAUUCAAGACUCUCUAUUUUCCCCGGAAAGUUGAAGUCCAAAUGGACCGGUCCUUACAUGAUCAAGAAAAUCAGUGAUAGCGGGACGGUUGAGUUGCUAGCUCCGGAUGGGACGUUGUUUCAAGCCAAUGGCCACCGUGUGAAGAAAUACUAUAGCUUAGACAAGGUGUUGGAGGAGGAAGUCGCACUAGAAGAACCACCCAAGGAGUAA